UACACCAGUCACCCAGACUAACAACGACACCACUGCCAGUACACCAUUUACACACACAAGCAACAGCACGGCUAUGGUUACAUCUCCCACAAGCAACCAUUCAACUAACAUUACUCCAGUCACACCCACAAGCAACAACACAACUUUUAUUACAGCAACUACACCACUAAGCAACAUCACAACUUCAACUACUGAAGAAACCAGCAACAGCACAGCAAUUACAACAACACUCACCCCAGUAAGCUCUACAGCUGUGUUAACUCCAACUACUCAACCAAACACUACUAACACCUCUCCUGAGACUGCUGCAUCUACUACCGCACCCUUGUCCUCAACUGCUGCCAUAAACACAACACUCACAGCUGGACCCUCACCCUCUUCACCCACCACCAUCUCCAACUCCAGCUCUUUCCCUCCAAGCACCUCCCCAGGCAAUAGCACCGUACCCCCCAGUGGAAAUGCCACCACCCUUAGUCCCUCAACAGCAAGCUCAGGAGUGACAAAUCACACUGCAGUAACCGCAACUACAACUCUUUCAACUGAAGCUAGUGGCAUUACAACUGCCAUUCCAACCACCGUCUCUAACAUCACAACCACCACCCUGCAACCAACACAGAUCACUACCAGCAGCCAAACCACUCCAGCUCCACCCACCACUACGCAGAGUCCAGUCAUAGUGUGUCCAGCUGUCCCAUGUCCACUUGAAAGCGUCUGUCUUAAUGGCACUUGCCAGUGUCUCACUGGUACCUACCUGCUGAAUGGACAUUGUGUACCUGCCCAUGUGUUCUCAGGGAGGCUUCAUCUUACCACCUUAACAUUUCAAAAUGAAAUGUUCAACAGGUCUUCAAAGAUAUUCCAGAUGACGGCUGCUGAAAUUUCAGCAACACUUAGCGAUAUCCUCAAGAAACAGCCAGGGUAUAUCCGGUCUGAUGUUGUGCAACUUGAACCAGGUAGCGUGCAAGCAACUGUAAAUAAUGUGUUUAGUGACACCACUGAAAAUCAAACUACCGUUAAUAACGCCAUAAAUGAAGCUAUAAAAACUUCCACUGGACUUCUGGGUCAAGCUACAUAUACAAGUAUAAACCUGUGUGAGCUGAGCCCAUUACCUUGUGAAGUCUCCACUACAGUAUGCACAAAUACAAAUGGCCAGGCUGCAUGUGCCUGUAAAGAUGGCUACAUCUCCAAUGUGUACUCAAACACUAGUUGCAAAGCGUGUCCAAGCGGACAGAGGCCAGUGGGAGAAGUGUGUGAAGCAUGUCCCUUUGGGUAUGCUGGAUUCAACUGCAAUGACUCGGCCCUGCUGGCAGUGGUGAUCAUUUCCUGUGUACUAGGAGGAAUUCUACUCAUUCUUAUCCUGGCUUUGCUCAUAUACUGCUGCUGGAGGCUGUGCUCAAAUAGAAAGCAAGACAUUAGCAGUAGCCCUUACUCAACAGAAGACUUAAACCAGCCCUGGCCUACUGGCAUCAUGCCCAUCCCCCGUGCCAACAGUAAAUGGGAUGGAGCUCCUCCUAUAGAGAUGACAGAAGGGGGCAGCAGUAAUGUCCUGGUGGACAAAAGGCAUCAAAGCAACGGAAUGACGGGAUCGUACGAUCUCAACCCAGAAGAAAUGAUGACCUUCAAAGGUAAAAAUACAUCUCGUUACUCGUAUCUGGUUCAAGGCCAUGAAAAUCCUUACUUCUUACCUGGAGACGAGAAGAAAAACUGAAACGAAAACACUAAAACCUACAAAUGAGCGAGGAAGACGGGAUCAAAAAGAAGUAACUGGUUUGAAACUCUGGGACUACAGAUACAUAUCCUGAGAAGAGUUAUUUAUAAAGAUACUUUACCCUCUGAGCUUAUCUGCAUUAAUGAUGAAUCACAAAUGACAUUUAAAAAAAGAAAUCUUGAAAAUUACCAAAGAGAUUCAUUUGUGUGCAUCAUGUCUGCUCUUAAUGGUUACAACCAGUGGAUGUCGCUGUUGCUCCUUACAUUCAUAUAUAGUAUAAUAACAGUUUUUUUAACAACAGAGCUGACUUUUAAUCCUUAUUUUAUGCUUUGAUGAAUUCAAAAAGAAUUUUAAAAAUGAAGCAUCUUAUUUUGCUAAUUGCACUAAAGUAUAUAAUAAGUUUACUAUUAGUUUUUAUAUAAAUCAGAGGUAAAUUGAAUGUGGGUUCUUAUGGGGUACCUGCUAUUUUUCCUAAAAGGAUGUGAUUUUUUUUUUUGUAUUAAGCAAAUCGUGAAUGACUAAAGGGGCUGGAUCCCUGUUUGGGAGUAUUUAAAGGGAUUUAUGUUGUAGCAGUCUGUAUCUGUUGAAGCUACACUUGCAAAAUGUGCCUGUUUAAUAGUCUGUUUGAUGAAUAGGAAACAUUGUGCUAAGCUGGCAAAAAAAAGAAGCCUGUCUGCUUUUUUUUCGAUGUGCCAAAAAUCAU